AUGUCGUCAAAGUCUCUCUUUUGCCUAGGCCAGUGCCUGCGAGGUAAGGCGAGCACAUACCGGAUUACCCGGCAGGUCUCCGAGUUCGUCUAUUUUGCCGCGGACCAACACGAUAAUCGCGUUGUCGUGAAGAGUGUUGAAGGACACUGGCGCCUUCAUAACGAACGUGACAUCCUCAGCCGGUUUCAGAGUCGCUGCCCGAAUCUGCGCCCUCUCCUAGAUGAGAUACAAGAUCCGGUGGAGCCCCCAGCUAUAAUACUGAAAUACCUCGAUGACGACGUGACACGGGCCUCCAGGAAACAGAGACUUACCAGGCAAGAGAUCAAAUACGUGGCGAAGAACGUUUUGGAAGCCCUGCAGGUGUUGCAUGAGGAUGGCUAUGUCCAUACAGACAUAAAACCGAGUAACAUUCUCGUCAACUACGGCCAGGGCGAAAGGCGAUUUUCGGACGUCCAAUUGGCUGACUGUGGGGGGGGGGUUGUCCCUAGUGAUUCCGAGUACGCCGUGGAUGGCGUACCGACCGGAACUAGUCUCUUUCGGGCCCCCGAGGUUCAUCUUGAGAUACCAUGGGGCCCCGCUGCAGAUAUCUGGAGUUUUGGACUAAUACUUCAACAGCUGAUCAACCUGAUUUGGGGGUUCAACUUCCACCUGUUCGAGCCCGAUGUACCUGAAGGGCACAAAUUGUACGACGUUAAGAUUGUGGUGCUGCACCAUCAGUGGUUUGGGCCAUUUCCCAUCUCCUACAAGGAGAUUGCCGAUGAGGAGACACAAGAAACCAUUAUGCGCAUCAUGUCUGUUAUCCCGCCCGAGAAACUGAAACCGUUUCGAUUUAUCGGCAAGAGAGAGAUCUGCGAUGCCGACAAAGCAUUUGUCCUCAAGAUUAUGAAGCUCGACCCAAGAGAUCGACCUACGGCGAAGGAGCUUUUGCAGGAUGAGUGGUUCACCGAGCGGUCGGAAAGGACGGUGGGAUGGUAUUCUAAACAGGAGUGGGAGCAGAUGAACAAACUGGGCAGUAACUAG